GUCUUCACUGGAGGAUGUAUAAAAGGCCUCCAGACUCCUUCUUGGAUGAUUCGUCCACACAUCCUCCUCUAGGGUGAUACUACUUCUGGGUGGGGAGACACUUGGAUGUCCCUCACCCAGGUGCUGCAAAAGCAGGCCUGAUUUCUCCUCUCACCAGCUUCCACUCACUAGCCCACUGAUGUCACAGCAGAAGCAGCAAUCUUGGGAGCCCCCUAUUGCUCCCAAAUGUACCCCUCCCCAGUGCCCAAACCCCUCCCACCCUGCCUACUCUGCUCCUUUCUGUGACCUCCAUCCAGGAGUCCAGGUCAGUGAUUCCAGUUCCCAGAAGCCAGGGGAUCAGAGUCUGGGACACUCUCAGAGGGCUCGCUGCAAGAAACCCUGCUGCCUCAGUGGUGCCACAGUCUACCAUAUCAAAGAGGAAGAGUGCUAAGGACUAGCAGUGAAUGCCACACCCUAA